AUGGCAAGAUCAUUAAACUUGGAGGAGAACUGCUUCUUGAACCAAUACGGAGACCGAGCAAUUAUGCUUCAAAGAUUCAACUUGUACCCCCGGUGUCCAAGGCCUGACCUUGCUCUCGGCCUAAAGCCUCAUGCAGAUGGAUCAGCAAUUACAAUUGUGUUGCAAGACAAAGAAGUUGAAGGUCUUCAAUUCCAGAAAGAUGAUCAGUGGUUUAGAGUUCCCAUCAUGCCUCAUGCUCUGCUCAUAAGUGUUGGUGAUCAAGUUGAGAUAAUGAGUAAUGGAAUUUUCAAGAGCCCAGUGCAUAGGGUGCUGACAAAUUCAGAAAGGGACAGGAUCACUGUGGCUAUGUUCUGUGCUCCAGAAUCUGGAAAGGAGGUUGAGCCAGUGGAGGAGCUCAUUGAUGACAAGAGGCCAAGAUUAUACAAGAAAGUGAAAAAUUAUGUUGAAACUUAUUUCCAGUACUACCAGCAAGGGAAAAGACCAAUUGAUGCAGUGAAGGUUUAG